UGUGGACCAGCAGGGUCAAUCAUGAUCAUGCGCUCCUCUCGAAAUCAGUUUAAUAUUAAACUUCACUGAUAGUUCCACUUGACUUAUACUGCUGUGUAGGUUGAUACCUGCCUCUUCCGUACUGUCUCUCUGUGUGUGUGUGUGUGUGUGUGUUCAGUAGUUAAACCGGUCAGAUCAGUAUGACAGUGCAGUGCUGUAUGAACAGAUCUGACAGCAGGAAACGAGCAAACGAGAGAAAGAGAAACACACGAACACACAACCAGAAGACAGAGAGCGAGCAGCAAUGGAGAAUGCAGAAAGGUGAAGAGUGAUGAGUCUGCUGUAAAACACACACAUGUUCAGUGCGUGUGAAUAUAUGGAGGAUCAGCCUAAUGAGGGCCGCAUGGAUGCACAACACACACACGCUCUGCCUCAUCUCCUGUCUCCUGCUCUACACUCAGGCGGUCAGUGUUCAUCUGGAGCAGACCUCGGUCACCGCACCGGUUCAGGGAUCUGCUCUGUUCUCGGUGUCCGUCUCGGGGUCUGCAACGGUCAGAUGGAGCUUCAGUUCUGCACAGCUCCAGCAGCUCCCGGUGGCCGUCUGGAUCCUCGGCGGAGCUGCAAACGUCUCUCAGAUGUACGAGGGUCGAGUGCAGACACACCUCAACGGAUCCCUGACGCUGACCCGACUGCGGCUGCAGGACUCUGGAUACUACAGACUCACUGUGACGGAGGAGAACGGCGGAUCCAGAGACACGGGGCUGAUGCUGAGCGUCAGAGAGGUGCUGUAUGAGGACACGCGGUUCCUGCUGGUGUUUGUGCUGGUGUUGGGGACUCUGGCUGUGUGCGCUGGCUGA